GGACAGAUUUACCAUUCCCUAUGAAAAGGCUCCUGAUUAAAAAUGUACAUCUUGCCUCACAUUGUCGAUUCCUUUCGGCUUUAAUGAGAACUUCCGUUAAUAAAAUAACUCAGAGGCCGCCUCCCAAUGGUUUUAGUUUCAACUAUGUCUUGGGCUCAAGACAAUUUUCUCUGGCCAAAAAUAGUGAGGAUUAUAGUAUUUCUUUAUUUUGUGAUGUGCAGAAUAUUGCAAUGAAGUCUGUAGGUGGUGGUGUAAGUGAUAAAGUGCGACCACGUAAGCGUUCUAAAACACGUGUUACUAAUAGUCAAAGCCCUCAACAUGUCUAUUUUUAUACUCGACUGAAGCUGCUUCAUACAUCUUUUCCAUUCCAUGUCGAAGUGCUAUGUCACACGCUUUUGGGCCAACUUAUUUUGGACAGCGUUUGUUUUCAUACUAAAGAACCUCUUUUCCGGGAGGGCCCUGCAAAAUUUGACACACAGUUGUCGUAUCGAGGUCCUUUCCUCACUCAAUCAUCAUUGGUAGAUCUUCUUGUUAAUCAAACCCCAAGUUCUAGUCCGUUAUGGAAUGGGCCACAAGCCUCGGGGCAGCCGUUUGAUCAAUCCUCGCAUUUCAUUGCUUUCCAGGGAUCUAACUAUGGACAUUUACCUGUUCAUACUGUCAAUCCUGCUCUGACCGAUAAAAUAAUUUCUUUUUUGGAUAUAUUUGGUAUUGAUGAUGAUAUUGCUGAAUUUAUUCAAGAAACUGUUCCAUGCAUUCAAGCACAUGAGCUAUCUGCUUGGAAAGAAAUACUCAUACAAGAAUUGGCUUGCUAAAUGAUUUAGGUGCUACUAUUCUUUUGCUAUUGUUAAACUUCCUGAAAGUAAUAUUCUGAGGGGAA